AUGUUGUGUUCCAUAACAUUUUUCAAAAAAGAUGCCACCAAAUCCGAAAAAGUCUCAGAAAAAAAGUUACAGGCCGAAAAAAGCGAAAGUGUCGAAAGAUUUAGAAAUGCACCUCCCCUAAGAACAGAGCUAUCUAGUGGCUUCUCAUCAGCCACUCCUAAUAUCUGGGUCAAGUAUGGUGACAGCAGAUCAUCGAAAGUUGUUUUUGACGGAAGAGAUGUGGAUGAUUUGAUAGAAGUGAUCAAGAAAAGACUUUCACGCGAUUUGGAUAAUGUGGUCCUUAACCGCAUCACUCUAAGAAGACACGGUGAAGAAGAAUAUUUGCGCCCUGGUCUUCCGGUGGAUAAAGGUUUUGAAAAUGACCUUUGCAAGUUAUUGUAA